AUGCCACACGACCCCGAAGUUGCAGGUAGCAGUUGAGAAAGCUGGAGUCCCGGGUGAGUCACCCCUAGUGAUGAAUUUUAGGGUUCCUCCAACUCCAAGACGGCCACUUGCUUUUCAUCACCAAAGAUUCGUCUUCCGUGGACAUCGCUUUCCUCGAUGGUUCCAUCCGACUUUUCUUCUACGAAAAGUUUCGGUGCGUUCAUCAUCAUUCAGCGCGGCAAGCUCAACAGGCGGCGGCGGCGGCGGCAGCGAAGGCAACGUUCUUUUGAUUCCUGGCGCGACAAUAGCAACACUUCUUAUGUUUGGUUUUCUGCAUGCUCGGCGCAUGUAUGACGACAGAAAGGUUCAAGACAUGAAGCAGAGAGGAAUAGAGCCGGAAUUUUCAACUGAUGCAAAGGCUGCUUUUUUGAGACUUUUACCUUUGCGUUCUAUUUCACGCCUAUGGGGAAACUUGAUAAGUGUGGAAAUUCCAGCUUGGAGUCGACCUUUUAUCUACAAGGCAUGGGCUAGAGCAUUUCAUUGUGAUUUGGAUGAAGCAUCUUUGCCGUUGGAAAAAUAUGCUUCUCUUCAGGAUUUUUUUGUUCGCUCACUGAAAGAAGGUACACGACCUAUUGAUCCAGACCCGAAAUCUAUGGUUAGUCCUGUGGAUGGUAAAGUAUUGCGCCUUGGAGAGCUCAAAGGAACAGGUUGUAUGAUUGAACAAGUCAAAGGUUUCUCAUAUUCUGCUGUUUCACUUCUUGGUGCUAAUUCAACCAUUCAUGAAGCUGCAAAUGAGGAUGGAAAUAAGAAAUAUCCUCUGCAGAUAAGUGAAGAUUCAAGCAAGAAAUCUUGGUGGCAUGUAUCAUUUGCUUCUCCAAAAGUGCGCAAUCCUGUGACAAGCCCAAAGAAAGGCAUCUACUAUUGUGUGAUAUAUUUGAAUCCUGGAGACUAUCAUCGUGUCCACUCGCCAGUUGACUGGAAGAUUCUUUCACGUCGUCAUUUCUCAGGUAUCUUAAAAUUUGGUCAUGAAGUUCAAAAUGAUAAUAGCAAUGUGGACAGUAAUGUGACUACUAAUGGAGGUGAUGAUAGUGGAGAUGCACCAGGUGAUGGUGAAACUUAUAUUCCUUUGAAUCCAACACUUAAGAGAUCCACACGUGUGAUAAAUAUUACACACAUGCUACCUAAGAUGGCGAUUCUCUAG